UCUUCGGCAUCUCGUAGCAUAAAACCCUGCUAAAACCUCUAUCCCAAUUCGAGAAGGACAAAUAUGGAGAGGAAAUCGGAAGACAAUAAGAAUCGCAAACCAAAAGAAGAUGAAGCUGAACAUGAACAUGAGCUCCCUCUCAUGUCGCUAAACCAUGUGUCGAGGCUCUGCACGUCAGUCAAGGACUCCGUGGAGUUCUACACCAAGGCGUUGGGCUUCGUGUUGAUAGAGCGACCACAGGCGUUUGAUUUCGAUGGCGCCUGGUUGUUCAAUUACGGAAUAGGUAUUCAUCUAGUUCAAGCCAACGAUGAAGACAAGUUACCAAAUAACCAUGAAUUGGACCCCAUGGAUAAUCACAUAUCCUUUCAGUGCGAGGACAUGGGAGCAAUGGAGCAGAAAUUGAAGGAUUUGGGGAUCAAAUACAUGAAAAGAACAGUUGGAGGGGAGGAAGAUGGGGUGAUUGAUCAGCUUUUUUUCAACGAUCCUGAUGGGUUCAUGAUCGAGAUUUGCAACUGCGAGAACGUCAAACUGAAGCCAGUAGGUUCUAUUAACCGGAUUAAACUACCAUUUGAUCGGCAUAAUCCUCCAGUGGAGCUCGACGCAAAUGCUGCCAAAGCUAGCUGAAGAAUACUUCCUAGUUGUUCGAU